AGCUGGUGUUAGUGAUAAGGCUUGAGCAACGCCUCGGCACAUGGACCGUCACCAGGGCGCAGCAGUCACCACAGGGCGUCGGUCAACCAUGCUACUGACGGCGAGGCUGAUGAAGGCGGAGAUGACGGUGUGGUGGUGCGUCCUGCUGGCUCUCUGUCGAGGCGGGGCGGCCACAGGGGGCGUGUACCUCGGGCUGGCGGAACCUUAUGUCUACGAAGAGGGGCAGCGUUGCGAUGUCGACACCAUGUGCCUCAUCCCCGAACUCAUCGGAGACCUGGUCGGGGAAGACGCUCUGGGCAAGUACAUCGGGGAAUUCACACAGUACCGCACCCUGAUUAGCGGCGCCGCGGUCGAUUUCACCAACAAGCGCUACGAGAGCGGCGUCCAAGUCUUCCGUCAGUCGUUUCCCAAAGGCCUGCAAGGCACGAGCACCGGGGAUAAGAACGCCGUCAGUACCUGCUUCCCGUGCUUCGUCCUGCCCACGCCCGCCCAGUCCCCCGACCUGCGCUACGUAACACCCGGGGGCUACAUGGUGGGCUGGACGCUAUACUCCCAGGGCAGCAUGGCCACGGAUCUCGACUGGUUCAGGGACGGCGAGGACGGCGGGCUGGUCGUCCUCUUCAGCGGUGAGGUCGGGAAUGUGUCCAGCGUCGUCAUAUCCCCUCUGACGAACCCGAUGGACACGAACGUUAUGCUGAACCGAGGCUCCCUGACGCUGGACUGGGGCGUGAAGGGCCAGGUCGAGAACAUCCCUCCAGGGUACUCCGCCGAGGUGAUCAUGUACCCGGGCGGUGAAGGGAUCGGCAGGAACAUUAUGGCGUGGGGCGAGGCGCUGAGAAACUACCACGCCACGCAGAAGAUGGCAGACCCGUCGGCGGAGGUCCUGAGCUACUACACGGACAACGGGGCGGCGCACUACUACAACCCGCUGCCCUACAGGAACUUCCACGACGCGGUGAUGAGCGUCUACAACUACUCGGUGACCCAAGACUUGCCCAUUAAGCGGUUGCAGCUGGACUCCUGGUGGUAUCACAAGGGCCAGGGCGGCGGGGUGAAGAACUGGACCGAGAUCGAGGCGUUCCUCCCCGAAGGCAUCGCUGGGCUGUACGAGGCAACCGGCUGGCCCGUGGUGGCUCAUAACCGAUACUUCAGCAGCGACACAGACUACGCCCAGCAGAACGGAGGCCCUUACCUCUUCACCGUGGACGAGGAGAAUGAGAAGGCCCUCCCGCUGGAAAAGAUCUUCUGGGACGACCUCUUCGACUCCACCAUUCCCUGGGGCAUGGAGACUUACGAGCAGGACUGGCUGGACCGGCAGUACAUGUUCACCAGCGCUCUCCACACCAAUCUUACUCUCGGGUCGAAGUGGCUGGACGAUAUGGCGGAGGCAGCGAUGGAGCGCGGCCUCAACAUCCAGUACUGCAUGUCCUUCGUGCGUCACUUCCUCCACUCCGUCACCCUCCCGCCCGUCACGCAAAUCAGAGUGAGCGACGACUACCUUCUGAACCCGAACCAGUGGCGUAUCGGGGUGACGUCCCUUCUGGCCCACGCCCUUGCCCUGCGCCCCUACAAGGAUGUGUUCUGGACCUCCUACGAGAAUGUGAACGUGGUCUUCGUGGACUGCGACCUGGUGCUGCCGGAUCUCGAGCACCCCUGGCAGGCCACCCAUCAGUACGGCGGCCGUGCCAAUGUUUCAGCCUCCGGAAAGCCCUGCGUGCCCUGGCGUGACUUCGGGUGGGAUGAGCUUUACUUCGGCAGCGGCAUGUACGAGAACUUAUGUCGCAACCCGCAGAAGCUGAGGGACGGCGCCUUCUGCUACACCAGCGCCUCGUUCGACAUACCGGAGGAGGAAUGGGAGUGGGAGUACUGCGACGUUCCCAGGUGCCAGCUCGACUGUUACAUCCUGAACGGCGUCCUGUACUUGGGGCACCAGAACGUGACGCAGAGUGGACUUGACUGCGCGGACUGGAACGGCGAAUAUGAUCUGGACGGUGCAAUGUGUCGGAACCCUGACAACGACGUGGCUCCUUGGUGCUACACGAACGCUAAUCACACGGAGCGAGACUACUGCGAUAACAAGUGCCCGGAGGCGAAGGAGAUGAACUCAAACCUGCAAGCGGCCGUGUCCACCCUCACAGCGGGGCCCUUCGGCGUUGGUGACAGGGCGGAGAACUUGAACAUCGAGCUCAUCCGGAAGUCUUGUAGAUCCGACGGCCAGCUUCUCCACCCCUCGAAGCCUCUGACGGUGGUGGAUGGCUACUUCUUCAGCGCCGACUACCGUGAAGUCUGGACGGCGUACAGUGACGUGAGUUCGACCCACUUCGGCGUCAUCUUCUUGGCGGAGGUCGGGCAGCAGCUUACCAUGACGCCCAGGGACUUAAACCUCGAGAGCUCCUUCGAGAACCAAACGCUGGUCUUCAGUAACUACCCUGACGACCUUAACUACAGAAGCAUCGUGUCAUCUCAGGAGGCGAUGGAGCUGCCCCCAUGCGGUGGGUACCUCAACUUCUGCCUCCUGUACACGACUCCACGCAUAGAGACGGAGGAAGGCGAUCUGUACAUCCUUGGGGAGUUGGAUAAGUGGGUUCCGGUAUCCCCAAAUAGGAUCGAGGGCAUCACAGUCAUUCCAUCCAGUUCCUCUUCGUCCGUCGCUUCCUCUGUGCUCUUGUCGGUCCGUGGCGUCGCUUCGGAGUCUGUUACGCUGUCCUUUACCGGCACCGUUGACUUUACUGUUACGUGUGACUUCGUGGAGGACGGUGUGAUGACUGCAAACACCCAGACCCAGACAUGUGACCCUUGAUGACCCCUUAUGACCUGUCCUUUUGCUCUUCCUUCCUACUGUCUCUAUUCCUUGAUGAUCUCGGAGUACUCUGUCCCUUCCUUUCGUGUCCUCUUUCCCUUCCUUGCAAUUCUAAUCUUUAUUCCUCCAUUUUCACUCAUAUAUGUUUCCUUUAGUCUAGCUCCGAGGGAAAAGCAAACUCAGGAAGCGUUGUCACCUCACACCUGUCUAUGCAACGUCUAGUUAAGCACCUGGAGGAGAAUGAUUAAGGGGACAACAGAAGGAGCAAGCAAUGUGAACGACCUCCUUAGACCUUCCUUCAUCCCUUCUCUACCUCUAUCCCUGCUCCUCCCUCCUUCCCCUUCCCUCUUCCGUUACCUCUCCUCCUCCUCCUCACCAGCCAGGCCGUGACAUAGAGCAGGGCAAGAGGUGGCGACAGGAACAGUGAUAAAGGAGGAGGUGGCGGAGGAUAAAUUUGACGAAAAUGGGAGGAGGGUGAACAUAAAUCAAAUGGAGGUGACAUAUAUGUAUACCUUACCCUCCUACCCUCUCCCUACCCCGCUUCCCUCUACUCCUGACCUCCCUCUGUGUGUGUAUGUGUGUGUCAGCCAUUCUUCAGGUGCCGGAAUAUGGGUAAAGGAAAAUGGGAUAAAGGAGAAAGGGGAAAGAAGGAAGGAGAACAGAAGGAAGGGAAGAGAGGAAAAGAAAGGGAGAAAAUGACUGCCUGAUUUCCUGUUUCAUGACCCGUUUCGUUUGUAUUAUUGAAGCCUUUCCUUUGAGCGGCUUGGUGGUGGGAGUUGAUGUCCUUCUUGUCGUUCUAUUGGUUGCUGUUCAAUAAAAGUUACAGUUG